ACCAUGGCGGAGAAGGCUCAAAAGAGUGUGAAGAUUGCUCCUGGAGUAGUUGUAUGUGUAGAAAGUGAAAUCCGGGGUGAUGUAACCAUAGGACCUAGGACAGUGAUCCACCCUAAAGCACGGAUUAUUGCAGAAGCCGGACCAAUAGUGAUUGGUGAAGGUAACCUGAUAGAAGAACAGGCGCUUAUCAUAAAUGCUCACCCUGAUAAUAUCACCCCUGAUACUGAAGAUCCAGAACCAAAACCUAUGAUCAUUGGCACCAAUAAUGUGUUUGAAGUUGGCUGUUAUUCCCAAGCCAUGAAAAUGGGAGAUAAUAAUGUUAUUGAAUCAAAAGCAUAUGUGGGGAGAAACGUAAUCUUGACAAGUGGUUGCAUCAUCGGGGCUUGCUGUAACCUGAAUACAUUUGAGGUCAUCCCUGAGAAUACAGUGAUCUAUGGUGCAGACUGCCUUCGUCGGGUGCAGACUGAGCGACCACAGCCCCAGACACUACAGUUGGAUUUCCUGAUAAAAAUCUUGCCAAACUACCACCACCUAAAGAAGACUAUGAAAGGAAGCUCAACUCCAGUUAAGAACUAAGAACAAUAUAUGACAUCAAGUUAACAGUUUGUCUUUGACCACUGUCUUUUGAAAGAGCCACACUGUUUAUGUGCUCUUAGCAAUUCAUAGACUAAUACAUGUUGACUUUAUUUUAUAAAAUUGAGUCAGAGACGAAAGUAAUGGAUUUUCAUUGUAACUGUCCUCUGUAACAUACAUAAAUUAUUUUCCUAUAUCCUUGCUCCUUUUCUGAGUAUUUACAGGUUUGGUUUAUUUUUCUUUUGUCAUAUAAAAUGUUGGCCGUGAUUUUAGUUGUAUAAAAGACUCCUUGUGAUAAGAAAGGGCAUAUUCUUAUGUAUUUAUAUUCUAGCAUAUACUGUACUAAAUAAAAAUGCUAGUGACGGGA